CUCUGUUACUUUACCAUUGGGAUGUGGGAAAAUGUGCAGCUCAUGCAAUAUUUCAGACUCCUCACUGAGGCUAUCACCCUAUAUCUCAUCUAUAGUAGCAAUAAUACAAGAGAUGACUACGUAGAGGCAGCAUCACAUAAUAAUAAUAAAACUGGAUUGUUGGUCAUUAAAGAAAAGAACAUUGAGUGGAAAUUGACAGAUAUGGUAUUUAAUCAACAUUAAAGUGAGAUUAGAGGAUUGACUUUAUCUUUUACAAUAUAAGUUUAUUUAUGGAAUUUCAAACUUGCUGCUUCAAAUCAAGUAUGGAUUGCUGUAUAUUGAGAGGGGCCUUAGAGGCGGUGCUUAUUAACAAUGAUAACACAGAAUGCGUGCGCAUGGGAGUUAAUUAACAUAAACAGUUUGUUUGAGAAGUAUAUUGAAGUUGAGGAUACAGGAACCUUAACAAUGCAGCCGUUUCUCAAUCAAUGGACAGGCCAUAUAAAUGGAACAAGAGUUGCUGGAUUUCAAACUUUGAUGACAAUGCAGAUGUUUGUUGACAAGCUGAAGUGGUAUUAUACACCAACUAUAAUUACAAUAGGAUUACUUGGAAACUUAUUAUCAGUGAUUGUCUUCACACAAACAACAUAUCGGAAAGUUUCUGCAGCGUUUUAUCUCGCAAUGCUAGCUGUUUUUGAUUCGAUAUUUUUGAUGACAUUACUAUUAAUUUGGGUGUCAAAUUUUGGAUUUAACUUAUACAACACUGAAGGAUGGUGUCAGUUUACAUUAUAUGCAAGUCUCAUCAGCUGUUUUAUGUCAGAGUGGUGUGUGGUAGCUUUUGCAUUGGAGAGAUUCAUCAUCCUGUGCUGUAAGCCUAAUUUGGCAAAGCUAUGCUCUAUGUUCAGGACUAAGUUCUUACUCAUAGGACUGAUGAUAUUUGCUGUGUGCUUUUAUUUUCACCAUUCCUGGACAGCUGGGAUAAUACAGCUACCAAUGGGCCCCAUGUGUAGCCCAUUGCCUAACUACAUGAAGAUAAUUCAGAUUUUGAACAUUAUAGAUAUCCUUGUAAACCUGCUCAUCCCGGAUCUAACAAUUAUAGUUAUGACUUCAGUCAUUACAAUAGAGGUGAUCAAAAGAUUCAGAAAGAAUAGGCUCCUGCUACGUUCAAGCACUUCACGUAGUACCCAAACCAACAACCUUGAUACAGAGAAUGAGCCCCAACCAACAAGGCAUGAAUCUGAUGUAUCAGCUGCACUCUCGGAGAUUGAGAGAAAAUUAAAUGUCACCAGAUUAUUUUUUGGCACAGUUAUUGUAUAUUUAAUAUGUCAUGUGCCAUCUCAUGUAUUGAGAUUGAAGAUGUUUCUUACAUCAAUAUUGGACCCUGUUAAUCUUAAAAUGUCAUUUUCAGACUACACAUUCCAACAAUUCUUUCAUUAUUUGUACUUCACAAAUUUUGGGAUUAAAUUCUUCAUAUAUGUUACCAUAUGUAGUGCCUAUAGAAGGGGUAUGAAGGAAGUUGGACUUAAUCUUUAUAACAAAAUUCAUAAAGCUCUGUAUAAGAGACGAUACCAUGGUGAAAUGGCUGUUAAUGGACACAACAGUACAUCAAUUGAAGACCAAGAUGCUACCCUUGCCUCCCUUAUUGGAAGUAACAACCAAAAAACUGAACCAGAUGCUACAAGGAAUAAACAGGUUGAAUCCAUAGUAUAGCAUGUUCAACAAAUGGUAUCUAUCCAUGCAAGUAUAUUUUGAAAUUGUAAUAUGUAUAGAUGUAUAUAUGUCAAAGCCAUUUUUAUUCAAUUAAAACAAGGCAAUUUUAUUAGUAUUCAUAAAAAAAUGUUCAUACAUUUUGGAUUGCAUCUAAAAAUUAUUUUUGAUUUAAAUUUGUAAAAAAUGUUGAGCUUCAAAAGAAACAUGAAACUGACAAAACACAAAUGUUCAGUUUUCUCCCCUCAAACCUUCGGUGUGUAGUCUAUGUAUACUCAUUUCUUUACUAUUGUGUUAAAUUGUAAUAAUCAAAUUUGAAAUUUACUUUUUCCCAGACUUCACAUAUUUUAGCCACAUAUUCUUUCCUGCCAUGUUGAAUUUCCAUUUUAUUUUAGUUUUCUAGAAAACUAAUAAUGCAAGAAAAAAAUUACAAAUAUUUUAUUGAGAAAUACAUGUAUUUUCUUUGCCAGUUACAACAAAAUUGCCUUGCUUUUGUUGAAUGAUAUUGACUUUAAUUUAAAAUUUAAUGUUUAUGUACAAAUAAACGCACUGUAAACCC